AUGGACGACGCCUUCUACGUGCUCGUGACUGGUGCGAACAGCGGUAUCGGCUUUGCCGUCUGCUGCCGCCUGAUCGACGAGUUCCUGCAAACCCGUCCGCAGUCUCACUCCCUCGUCCUGAUCCCCACCACGCGAAGCCGCCGCAAGUGCGAUGAUACCGCCGCCCUGCUGAAGGCUCACCUCCAGAAGGCCUCGAGCAAGGCCGACCAGUCCAUCCCCGGCAUCAGCAUGAUCCUGCAGGCCCGCGUCCGUGUCCAGCCCGAGAUCCUCGACCUGUGCUCCAUCGCCUCGGUGCAACAGUGUGCCCGCCGCCUGAAGCGCUCGAUCCCGAAGCUGGACGCUACCAUAUUCAACGCGGGCAUAGGCGGGUGGACUGGCGUCAACUGGCCCUGGGCCAUCUACAAGAUCCUCACCGACUGGGUCGUCUCCACCACCUGGCCCGUUGGCUUCAAGAAGGCCGCCAUUGGCCUGGUCUCCAAGCCACAGGCCGUCGAUGGUGGCGCUGCAGAGCCGCCGCUUGGCGAGGUCUUUUGCGCAAACGUCUUCGGCCAUUACCUCCUGGGUCACUAUUGCGCUCCCCUGCUUUCGGCUGCUCGCCCGUCUAGCGGCCGCAUCGUUUGGAUCUCGAGUCUCGAGGCGUAUGCCUCCGAGUUCUCCCUCGCCGACUUUCAGGGGCUCAAAUCAGACCAGCCGUACGAAGCCUCGAAGCGCUUGACCGACCUUCUUGCUUUGACCUACGACUGCGCGUCCACGCGUCCGUGGACCUCGCGAUACAUUGCGGCAGAUGGCCAGGCCACACACGACGUUUCCGACGAGAAGAGACCGCGCAUGUAUCUGUCGCAUCCGGGAAUCGUUGUGACGGGCAUCUUCCCGUUGCCGUUCCCCUGGUUGAUGACGUACCUGUGGAUGCUUGCGGCUUACAUCUCGCGUUGGCUGGGCAGCCCCUGGCACCCCACGCGGCCGUACCCUGCGGCGGUUGCUCCGGUCUGGCUUGCCCUAGCCUCGCAGGAGAUGCUGGAUGACGCAGAAGAGCGGGAAGGGAAGGGUAAGUGGGGAAGCUCGACCGACCGCGCAGGCCACGAAAGGGUGGCGCGCACUGAAGUCGAGGGAUGGGGCUGGGGUGGCAUCGUAGGGGAGGCCACUGGCAGGAAAGGACGGAGACGGGGUGCUGUAGACCUGAAGGAGGGAGACAGGGAGGGGUUUGAGGAGCUGGGAAGGGCGUGUUGGAAGGAGAUGGAGGAAUUGAGGGAACAAUGGGAAGGGAGGGUCGGAAAUGCAGCUUGA